AUGGAGAUGGAAAAAUCCGCGAGCAGCCAGAUUAAUCCUGAGGACAUUGAAAACCCGGGAUCAAAGAUUAAUUCUUACAUCAAACAGUUUACAACAUUAAGAAAAUCGAUGGAAAAUUCUAAUAAAGAAAUACGGUACUGGCAGAAUCAAAAGGCAAAAUUGCUCGAGAGUAAUAGCAGCAUCGAGAUGAAUUUCGAUAAAUUAACGCAGAGUGUGUCCGAUCUGGAAGAGAAAAUAGUGAAGAAUACAGAGAUCUAUAAUGCGAAGAAGCAGGAAUUGAAAGAAUUACAAAUUGCAAGAACGAAUAUGUUGCACAAGCAAUGGAAUAACUGUUUGUCGGAAACAGGAAGUUACGUGGAUAACUUUUGUCAGUGGAUGAACUACUCUAGGGACAAUUUGAUGAAGGAAUUUAAUAGUCAUCAAAAAGAAUGCGGAAAGGUUCGCACAGAACUUGAGAGUCUAAAACAAAAUGUAAAGAAUAUGAUGAGAGAAUGCGACGCAGAUUACACUGAAGCUAAUGUGGACAAUGACGACUUGUCGAAUCUUAACGGUGCAAUAUCUGACAUCAGAUCGAUCAACAAUGAUUUAACGAGAAACAUCAAAGUGGAGGAGGAUAGAUUAAACAAAAUACAAAACAAAAUAAAGCAAUGCAAAGUCAAACUUCACAAAAUCUAA